GACCACAAGAACGUCGCGUACUGGUCCUGCGUCGCCCUCGGCGCGGGCAUCCUCUUCCCGUGGAACGCGUGGAUCACCGCGGUAGAUUACUUCGAGAUGACGUACCCCGGACGGCACGUCGACCGCGUCUUCCCGGUGCUGUACUUCUUCCCGAACGUCUGCGCGCUCCUCGUCGUGCUGAAGCACGGGCACCGCCUGUCGCAGCGCGCGAGAGUUCGAGGCGGGUUCGUCGUCUUCCUCCUCUGCCUCCUCGCGCCCGCGUUCGCGUCGUUCGCGGUCGUGUGCGUCGCCGUCGCGCUCACCGGCGCCGCGGACGCGUUCGCGCAGGGCUCCCUGUUCGGCGUCGUCGCGCCGAUGCCGCCGUCGCACACGCAGGCGCUCAUGGCGGGGACCUCCGUCAGCGGCCUCGUCAUCGCGACGCUGCGGUUGACGACGCGGGCCGCGUUCGGGGAAGCGAACGUGCGCACUGCGGCGGGGGCGUAUUUCGGCGUCGCCGCCGCGUGGGUGCUGGCGUGCGUCGCUCUGCACGGCGUCCUCGAGCGGACGGAGAUGUACGCGUACUACACACGCGAAAAGGACGGCGGCGGGGACUACGUCACCGUCCCGCGCGACGUGCUUCGACGCGCGUGGCCGCAGGCUGUCUCCGUGUACGCCGUCUACGCGGUCACCCUGAGCAUCUUCCCCGGCGUGCUCGCCGAGGACGUCAGCAGCGCGAAACUCGGGUCGUGGUACCCACUCGUCCUCAUCGCGUGUUUCAACCUCUUCGACGUCGUUGGCAAAGCCGCGCCGGCGCUGGCGCCGGCUCUCGCCGCGCGCGCGGGCGGGGACGCGCGCGCGCUCCUGACGCUCGCGCUGACGCGCGUUCUCUUCGUGCCCGCGUUCGUAUGCGUCAGCGCGCGGCGCGGGUUCGAAGCGCUCAGCGCGAACGAACUCCCGUGCGUUUUGCUCGUGAUGGCGUUGGGGUGGACGAACGGCUGGGUCGGCGCCGUCGCGAUGAUGGCCGCGCCCGAGGCGGCGGAGGCGUCGCGGCGGGAGGCGUGCGGGACGGUGAUGGUGCUGUUCUUGUUGUCCGGGCUCACGACCGGCGCGUUCUGCGGGUGGCUGUGGCUGCUGUGA